UAAAAAUUACUUUAAAAAUCUUUUGUUAUUGACAAUCAUAUUUCUUUUUAUUUUUUUAGAUAUAGAAUUACGUCACCGGUCCUUAUCUUUGUUGUUCUAAAUGAGUGAAAAAGAGGUGACAGUCCCUGGAGAAAGGCUUGGCAGUGUCUCGGAAUUUUCUCCAGGUGUUGGAACCUACGUGAGAAAUGGAUUCAUAUAUUCCAAACUUUGCGGCGACAAGAUUAUAAAAACGGAGGACGACAAGCACACAAUUGAAGUAAUACGUAAUAAACUACAGAACGUUGUACCAGAUGUCGAUUCUAUCGCAAUGUGUAAAGUUGUAAGCAACAACCCGCGGUUCUGUAAAGUAGUCAUUCUUAGCGUAAAUGGAAUCUCUUUAAAGGGUACAUUUAAAGGCAUGAUUCGUAAAGAAGACGUACGAGCUACCGAGAAAGAUCGAGUGAAAAUGUACGAAUCGUUUAGACCCGGCGAUAUCGUUUUAACUCGUGUUCUAUCGCUAGGCGACUCACAUUCGUAUUAUUUAUCAACUUCGGAGAACGAACUCGGUGUAAUUUAUGCAGUCAGUGAAUCUGGACAUCCAAUGAUUCCAAUAAGCUGGCAUCAGAUGCAGUGCACAAAAAACGGGAUGAUAGAACAUCGAAAGGUGGCGAAAGUAAAAGUGCGACAAGUAUAGCCAAAUAGCAAUUAUUUAAAACGGAAGAAUGAAAAUACUUCAGAAAUAUUCAAAUUGUAUUAUACUUUGUUCCCCACAAAAAACUAACUGGUACAAAAAGAAGUGCUUUAUAUAAAAUUUUAACAAAAAAAUUAUUCAUGCGUUCGUUGUUGUUUGUCACAUUACUGUUUUAAUUUAGUAGUUAUUUGCUUCAGGUCUUUUUAUCCUCGUUACUACUUGGUGUCAUUCGCAGCAAGGCAACACCAAUCAGAAUUCCAAAGAUCUAAAAA